AGGCAAUUGUAAAUCGGAAGAAGGAAGCCAUCUUUAUUCGCAGGCGUAUAUGUCUGCUUACGUCGAUACUGUUUCAAGAACUAACAUCAAUUAUUGAAGCCAAAUAUAUUUAUUUUUCUUAAUCCUGUGUUCUUAAUAAUUAAUUAAAAUGAAUCCAGAAUAUGAUUAUCUCUUUAAACUCCUUCUCAUUGGUGAUUCUGGUGUAGGAAAAUCUUGCCUUUUAUUAAGGUUUGCUGAUGACACAUAUACAGAAAGUUAUAUUAGUACAAUUGGUGUUGACUUUAAAAUCCGUACCAUAGAAUUGGAUGGUAAAACAAUCAAAUUACAAAUUUGGGAUACAGCUGGUCAAGAGAGAUUUCGUACAAUCACAUCUAGUUAUUAUAGAGGAGCUCAUGGUAUUAUUGUUGUAUAUGAUGUUACAGACCAGGAGUCUUUCAAUAAUGUAAAACAGUGGCUUCAAGAGAUAGAUAGGUAUGCUAGUGAAAAUGUAAACAAACUUCUUGUGGGUAAUAAAUGUGAUUUGACAGCUAAAAAAGUUGUAGAUUAUACAACAGCAAAGGAGUAUGCAGACCAGUUAGGAAUUCCUUUCCUAGAAACCAGUGCUAAGAAUGCUACAAAUGUAGAACAAGCAUUUAUGACGAUGGCUGCCGAGAUCAAGAACAGAAUGGGCCCUGUGACUGCCGCUUCAGAACAUAAACCAACAGUAAAAAUUAAUUCAAGCACUCCAGUUAAACAAAGUGGAGGAGGAUGUUGUUAAAAUUUAUUUAACAUAGUGAGAACAUCAAUACUAACAGUUUACACAGCCAACACUAAAAAAGAACUCAUCCCGUUUAUUUUGAAAAGUGGUUGCUGACUUCACAUGGUUAUUGAUGUCGUUUAGCACAUAUUUUACAAAGACAUGGGGGGAAAAUAUUUUAAUAGCAGUCGAAAAAUAAAGCCAAAUUUAUUUCUCAGAUGGUGACAAAAAUAAUUUUGCUUUGUUUUUCCUUCUGAUCGAUUGUGUGUACAAAAAAGACCUAGCUCUGUAUUACUGUGGGAAGUUUGUAUAUGAUAUUAAAUUAAAAGAUGUUCUUUUUGAGGAUUUUUUUUUUAAACGGAAACAAGAAUUUUAGUUCACAUCCUCUAUUCAUCAAUUUAAAAACUAAAGAUAUGUCAUUGUUUGAUUUAAUAUUAUAAACAUAUAAUAGGUGACCAUAUUUAUAUUAUGACUUCUUUUUAUAAGCAUUGACUUUUAUUUCCUGACAUUCUCCUACACGACCCCCACAAUCCACUGUACCCCAGUUCUCUUAAACCCCUUUUGGUUGAAAUGCUCAAAAAGUAUAACUUAUUAUAUCAUGAAUAUUUUAACAUAUUUUCUCAAAAGGGUGUGGUUUAAAAGAAUUAGGGUUUAAGUUCUCCAAAUUGAGAAAAUGGAAAUCGAGAAAUUUGGUUGAAAAGAAACUUGUAGCACAAUAGACAAUUGAAAUUGAAAUAUUUUAAAGUAUAAUAUAAAUCCAUGCAUCUCUUAGAAUUACUUGAAGUAAUUCUUUUUUUUGCCUCUUCUUUUUUUAUAUCAUAUUUGUAUGUUGAAAGGUGUUGAGAAAAUGAUGACCACUACAUGAAGUUGUUAAGGUUGGACUAUGACAAAGAUAUCCAUUGGUAUAUAUUAUUUACGUGCGUCUUUAAAUAGUUUUGUUCUGAUUGUUUUAGAGAUAUAUUAUUUAAUUCAAUUAACAUAUGUAUCAGUUCAAUAUGUAUUUAAUUUAAUACUUGUCAUGCUAGAACUUUUAACUAUACAAAAAAAAAACACAAGGCGCGAAAGAUUUCACAGAGAUGAUAUAUUUUACUAGUAAAAAAAAAAGCAUUCCGACAAUUAUUCAUGAAUGUAUCUGGAAUUUCAGUUGUUUUGUUUUGAUUAGAAAUCUUGUGUUUAAUUAAGAAUAACAAUGAAAUAUUAUUAACUGGUAACAGUUUUAUUAUUUGUAUUGUGUUGCAGAGAAAUAAAGAUCACAAUGGAAGUCUUAUUGUUCAAUAUCAUUUCAAUGUUUGUCUGUAUUUGUGUAUAAUUGUUCUUGUUUUAUUAAUAUCAGCAAAUACAAGGGAAAUAACUCUCCACGCAUUUGCUGCCUUUUCAUAUUGAACUCUUUACUCUCUAUAUUGAACAUAAUGUACAUGUAAUACAAGCUAUAAAUAUAUAAUAUAUUCACAUAAAGAGGAAGAUUUUAUUCUAUGUUGAUAGUGUGUAGUAACAUGUGAGUUUUUUCAUUGAUGUAUGUGAUAUAAUAGGCUAUUAAAGUUUCUUUUUUCAUUAUAAUUUCCUAUUUAUGAUUAAGUUAAGCUGCUGAUGGGCCACAAUGUAUAUUAUUGUAUUCUUAAGCUAUUCAAUUUUAAUAUAAUGACUAAUACUAGUAAAUUUAUGAUCAGUUAACUAUGAUUUGUUAGGUUUCUAUUCUCCUUUCUUUAUUGUAUGGUAGAUCUAUGGACUUUCUUCAUUGGCUUGAACCAUUUCUCUAGUAUCAUUAUUAAUUAUUUAAAAUGGUCCCAUUAGCACAGCAUAUUCCCUUGUAUUUAUUCCAAACAUGGCUUCUAUUAUGGGUUUGUAUAAUGAGAUCAGUGAUGUUACAUCUACCAGAAUAAAUAAUUGUACAUAUAUCA